UCAGAUAUCACAGAGCCUGAAGCCGACAACACAGACAGCAGCACUGAUUUUAAGCUUCCUGGGUGGACACCUCUGUAACAUUCAUCACCAUGGCAACACAGAAGAAUAACAUCUCAUCUAAAUACAAGGACAUCAUCUCCAGAGUUGUGAUCUCAUCAAAAUCUCUUGCUGUCUACCAGCUGAGAACAAAAAAAGAGAAGACUGGGCCUUUGACAAGAAUGACUAUUGGAGUAAAAAAUACAGACAAGACAAAUAAAACCAUCUUACUUUUGGGUGAAACAGGAACAGGAAAAUCUACUCUGAUUAACGCUCUGAUCAACUACACCAUGGGAGUGAAGUGGGAUGAUGAAGUCUGGUUUCAGAUUGUAGAGGAGAAGAAGAGAAGUCAGACAGAAAAUCAAACAUCAGAUGUAAUUGUGUACGAGAUCUUUGGUUUUGAAGAUGAAACUCUGCCCUACUCUCUGACCAUCAUCGAUACUCCUGGAUAUGGAAAUAUCAUGGGGACCAAAAAGGAUGACGUCAUCAAUCAAAAGUUAUUGGACUUGUUUCGUUUAGAGGGUGGAGUUCAUGAAGUUCAUGCAGUGGGUCUAGUGAUGAAGGCGAGCGAUAAUCAACUGAAUGACCGACUGACGUUUGUCUUUGAAUCACUAAUGUCUCUGUUUGGAGAAGACCUGGAGAAAAACAUUGUUGCCCUCAUCACAUACUCAGAUGGAAUGCCACCUAAAAAUGCUCUAACAGCUCUCGAACAUCAGAAGAUAAAAUGUGCUAAAACUGAAAAGAAUCAAUCUCUUUAUUUUCUUUUUAAUAACCAGCAGAACAAAGAGAGAACAGAUGAAAAUGAGUUUGGUUUGGAGACAGCAUGGAGAGUUACAGAGAGAGGAGUACGUCAGUUCACAGACUUCCUAGAAGAAAGUGAAGCUCAAAAGCUGGAGACAACAUUUGAAGAUCUGAAUGAACGCAUCAUACUAACAGCCUGCAUCCAAAACCUGCAAGACAGAAUUAAGUUUAUUGAUGUAAAACAAAGAGAAAUAAAAAAUAAUCAAGAAGCUCUGAAGAAACCUGAAGAGAAGAAGAUGAUAGAAGACUUCACUCCACGUGUUGUUGAGGUCUUCAAACAUAAAGAACCUAUCAGAGGUGGAACGUGUGGGCUGGAAGCAGCUGUCUGCUGUACAGUCUGUGAGGAGAACUGUCACUAUCCUGGAUGCACAUUUAGCUGGAAACCUGAAAACUGCAAGGUCAUGAAAGAUGGUCACUGCACUGUUUGUACCAAAAAGUGUCCUCCAUUAGAACACGUAAGAGAAAAGUGGAGGUAUGUGACCAGGUUAAGGAAUACUGAGAAGAGAGUGUCGGAAUUUAAUAAAACUGAACCUAGGGUGACCAUUUUGAAUAAUCUGGAAAAGGAAAUGAACAAACUGGCAACAGAAAAGUUACAGCUACUGGAUGAAGCUUACCAACAUGUGGUCAGACUGGAUCAGAUGGACCUGAAUGUUAAUUCAGUAAACACUUCUGUACACUUGGACUUUCUGAUCAAAAAGAUGAAGGAGAAAGAAGAGAGAGAGAAGAUCCAGAAACUGGAAGAGAUUGAAAGCCAAGUCGAUGAAGAAACCAGAGCAGCUCUGCAACACAGGAUCAAUCUCAUCUCACCACCAUAUGAGGAUAUUUCAUCAGACAGCUUUCUGAUCUGUUCAGGACCUCCUGCUGUCUACCAGCUGAGGCCAAAAAAACAGAAGUUUGGAACUCUGACAAGAAUGACUCUUGGUGAAAAAGAUUUUAACAAGAUAAAUAAAACCAUCCUACUCGUGGGUGAAACAGGAGGGGGGAAAUCCACUCUGAUCAACACUUUGAUCAACUACACCAUGGGAGUGAAGUGGGAGGAUGAGGUCUGGUUUCAGAUCGUAGAGGAAGAGAAGAGAAGUCAGGCAGAAAGUCAGACAUCAGAUGUGAUCGUGUACGAGAUCUUUGGCUUUGAAAAUCAAAUUCUGCCAUACUCUCUGACCAUCAUCGAUACUCCUGGAUAUGGAGACACCAGAGGGACUGAUCGUGAUAACAUCAUUGGUGAAAGAUUAUUGGACUUGUUUCGGUCAGAGGAUGGGGUUCAUGAAAUUAAUUCAGUGGGUCUGGUGAUGAAGGCGACAGAUAAUCGACUGAGUGACCGGCAGAGUUAUAUCUUUAACUCAGUGAUUUCUCUGUUUGGAAAAAAUGUGGAGAAAAGCAUCGUAGCUCUGAUCACACACUCAGAUGGAAUGCCACCUGAAAAUGCUCUUAUAGCGCUUGAAGCUGCAAGCAUUGAAUGUGCCAGAAAUGAGAAGAAUGAGCCUGUUCACUUUCUGUUUGAUAACCAACAGAACAAAGAGAGAAGGGAAUCAUAUGAGAAUUCUUUAAUAAAGUCAUGGGACUUAACAAAGAAACAAAUGGGGGAUUUUUUAACUUUUCUUACAAGUUGUGGACCUCAAAGACUGAUGAAAACUAAAAAAGUGUUGAAGAAACGCAUCAAACUGAAAGCCAGCAUCCAAAACCUGAAAGAGAGAAUCAACCUGAUUGAACUGAAACAGACAGAAAUCAGACAGAUUCAAGAAGGUCUGAAGAAACAUAAGGAAACCAUGAAUGCGAACGAGAACUUCACUGUUGAAGUUGAUGAGGUCUGCACAGAAAAAGAAGAUAUCAAAGGUGGGAUGUGGGGGGUUUUUUAUGAGGGAGCCCUGUGCUGUACAGUCUGUAUGGAGAACUGUCACUAUCCUGGAUGCAGUGUGUCCUGGUAUCCUUCACACUGUGAGGUCAUUAAAGAUGACAGCUGCACUGUUUGUAUCAGGAAGUGUUCUGCAUCAAAACAUGUGAAAGAAAAGUGGAAAUAUGUGAACAAGACCAAAAAAGUUAAGAAGACGAUGGAAGAAAUGAAAGUGAAGUAUGAGACAAAUAAAAACGAAAGUCAGAACUUGCAAAGCCUUUUGGAAAAUCUUGAAAAGGAAAUGAACCGACUGACAGCAGAUAAGUCACAGUUACUGGAUGAGUCCUACCAACAUUUCCUCAGACUGGAUGAACUAGCUCUGAAAAUUGAUUCAGAGUCCACUACUGUCCACCUGGACUUCCUGAUUGAGAAGAUGAAGGAGAAAGGAGACACAGACAAAGUCCAGAAACUGGAGGAGAUGAGAAGAAGAGUGGAUGAAAGAACCAGAGGAGCUCUGAAAUAA